AUGGAUGAUGUUAUAAGGAAGACCGACAUUUUCAUCAUCAUCGGAAUUGCGAUUGCGUGUGGAGUUUUUUGCGAAUUUUUAAGUUGGAUAUUCGUUUACAGAAAUGAGAAGUUUAUAAAGUUGAACGAAGAAUUAAAAAUAUUGUAUGAGAAAGUUCAGAAGGAGAAGGAAGAUGGGUUGCUAAGCAAAAUCGAUGGGAAUAGCAGCAACAGUAACAACAAAAAAAAAAUGAAAAAAAAAGUCACAACGGAAGAAAUAUAUAUUGAGAAAACCAAAACAAUGGCAACGCUCAAGACAAAGUCAAAUGUAAUAACGGGAUUAAUUUUUAUGUCCAUGAUGCCGUUGCUUUUUAGCUUAUUUGAAGGACUCACAAUUGCCAUUUUGCCUUUUAAGCCAAUUUUCCCCGUUACCUUACUAACGCACACGGGGUUACAGGGAAAAAAUUUGUACCAUUGCUCAUCGACCUUUAUUUAUACCCUAACGUUGAUGCUCACUAGACAGAACAUUCAGAAGUUUUUCGGAUACGCUCCACCAUCUGGAAUGUUUGGAGAUUUUAAGAUGCCGGACGAGGAGGGUGAUAUGUGGAAAUAG